GGACAUAGCUGCAUAAAUUAACAUGGCGACCAGCACGAGAAGGGAACGGUUCCCUUAGACUUUCUUCCAAUUUUCGUCCUAAUGUAGAGUCUCGGUGAGCCUAAAAGCCAAAAUGUCGGACCAUAGCGGUCAGGAACCGUCCAUGGAGGAUCUUAAAAGAGAGAUCGAACGUCUCCAAUCGGAAUUAUCGGAAACCACGACGGAAAAACUUCAGGCCGCAGAAUAUGGUUUGGCCGUGUUGGAGGAAAAACAACGUCUUCAGCAGCAGGUCGAGGAAAUCGAGGCUCACAGUGAGACUAUCAAGCAUGAACUCGAUUGUGCCAAAGAGGCCUUGAACAAACACCAGGACACCUUUCGCAAGCAGCAGAAAAGUGGAAUACACCAGGAGGACAGUUUUCUGCUGGAGACUGCCACACGGGAAGAAAGUUACAAAUCUGUGAUUUUAGACCUAGAAACAGAACUAAAGACAUGUAAACAAGCAUUGGAAAGAUUUGGGGGCGAAAACGAACGAUUAAACUCGGCAGUACAAGAGCUCCAACAAGGUUCCGAUUCUCUCGAAGAGCAAAGACGCCAAUACAAAAAUGAACUGCGGGAAUAUAAGAUUCGAGAGAAUCGGAACCUGGUUGAUUAUGCUGAGUUGGAGGAUGAAAAUAUCUCGUUACAAAAACAAGUAUCGCAGUUAAAGCAGGGACAAGUUGAAUAUGAAGGGAUGAAACAUGAAAUCAAACGCCUCCAGGAGGAGGCCGAUGACCUCCAUAUUCAAUUAGAAGAUGCAAUGGGCCUCAAACGAAUAGUUGAAAAAAAUCUUGACGAGGCACUGAACUCACUUAAGCAUGAGCGAGAACAAAAGCAUGCUUAUAAGAAGGAACUUGAUCAGCGGUUGAGCCAGGAGUCCAUGUUUAAUCUCAGCAACCUGGCUCAUUUUGGAGGACUUAGUGAGGGCCUCCGAGAUCUUGUUCCAAACCAUCAUGAGUUUGAGGAUGAUACUGAGGAGGGAGAACAAAACAAUCCCGCCCUGAAACGGAUUGAGGCGGACUUCAAACAGGACGAGACAAAAUCACCAGUAAAACCAGGCCCAGGCAAAGUGAACGAUAUUCUCAGUGAAAUUCAGGAAAAUGAAGUGAAAAAGUUGGAACAGAUGUUGAAUCAGAGUGAAAAUGAAAAGUUAGAACUUCAGUCGGCUCUUGAUGAGGCCCAGAAGUUGAUACAGGACACACAGACAGAUUUAGUAGAACAGAAACAUAGGGCUGAUCAGCUCAAAUCACAGAUAAGUACUUUAAUACAAGGAGAAUCUCAGGGGACAUUUGCCAAAAACGGGAGUCCCGGGGAAAACAAAUACUCAAACGCCCUACAGGAGAUUAACAGCUUACAUGAGGAACUGAGCCGUCUACAGGAACGGAGUCAGCUAGGAGGGGUGAAAGCUGACAAGAGCAUAGAAGAGGCCAUUGAGGCUAUGAAGAACAAGUGUAACGGUUACCAUGACACCAUCAUUGACCUUGGUAAGGAUCUCAAGGCCAUGUCUCUGGCCGCUGGUGAGGCACAGGGCAGCCUCACCACUACACAGGAUGAACUGGUCAGGGUUACAGAGGAGCUUGCACAAUUGUAUCACUUGGUUUGUGAGGUCAGCGGAGAAACUCCGAGCCGUGUUAUGCUCGAUCACGUGAAAUCAGCAGCCAUGAUGUCACGACAGGAUCGAGAGAGCAGUGAAGAAAAAGAGGACAAAGAAGGCACGGAGAAAUCAGCAAAACUGAAAUCCAAAUCCAAAAAGGACGUUGUAAAUGGUGACAUUAAGGGCGACCCGAUUUCUUGUUACAAACUGACUGAAACCAUCAUUGACCAGGUGAAAUACCUAAAACGUGGCGUGGAACACCUGAUGGAGGUGUCGCAGCAACGAUCAGUCGACACGGAGAACCAAGAUGUCCAGGAGCUCCAGGAACAGGUGGUCAAACUGAAGGCCAUGCUGUCCACCAAACGGGAACAGAUCGCCACGCUCCGUAGCGUGUUGAAAGCCAACAAAUCUGCUGCAGAAGUUGCGCUGGCUAAUCUUAAACAGAAAUACCUCACCGAAAAGGUCAUUGUCACGGAAACCAUGGUGAAAUUGAGAAAUGAACUCAAAGCACUCAAGGAAGAUGCUGCUACUUUUGCGUCACUGCGGGCCAUGUUUGCUCAGAGGUGUGACGAAUAUGUUACUCAGCUGGAUGAAAUGCAACGUCAACUGGCAAGCGCAGAGGAGGAAAAGAAAACACUGAACUCCCUGUUGAGGAUGGCAAUACAGCAGAAAUUGACCUUGACACAGAGGAUGGAGGACCUAGAGUUCGACAGAGAACGUCGCAACAUGCGCCGCCAAGGUGGGGGCGGCGGUGGUGGUGGCGGUGGUGGCCGAAGUAAAAUGGGGGCUUCCAAAGUAAGUCGCAACUACAAUCCAUAUCAUGAAGAGUCGUAUGACCGUUACAGUGGGUCAGGUCGCUCACACCAUCAUAACAAGAGAGACUAUUAGACACUUUUCCACCAGGCUCACACACACGUGCUGACAGGAACGCCAUAGCAACAGCCUCGUGUAUCUACCAUACCAAAGAUCUUCCUUCCUUCCUCGUUUACAAGGUCAAGGUCAACAAAGACGGACCCAGUGGCGGAGGCACUCAGAGAAUGAUCUCCGUGACGAGGAUCGCCAAGGAAGUACCUGCAACAUCUAUAUGUUGGAAUUUUUGACAGACAAUUUACUCACGCUGUGACAGGGGGAUUGGUGUAGGAACCAAAUACCCCAAAGUCACUGAAUAUGUCCUCCAGACAGAACCUAAAACAGUUCUGAUGGCUGGUCACAAAGACCAUUGUAAUUUAUACCAAUCUUGUUGUCUCAAACUAUUAAUCAUGUUUUGAAAAAUAAACAACAUUUGUAUAAGUCAUAAAAGAAGUAAUGUCAUUAAGUAAAAAUAAUUAGUUGUGUAAAUUAAAAUUCUAGUAUAAGAAUUGAGUGAAACUUCAUUCCAAAUUGUAAAGGAAUAUUAUCAUUGUACACAUAUUGCUGAUGAUAUUAUCGAUAAAUAAUUAAUUAUACAUAUAUAUUUGUAUAUCUGUAAAUGUAUCCUAACAAGAUUGGAAUGUUUACAAGGGCUUGGAUUAGUGUAUGAAGGUUGUAUAAAGACAAGAAUUAGUAUUAACUCAUCCACUCCUGAAGACACAUUUGAACCCUUCCAAGUCAAAGGUUGGAAUAGUUCAUUAUGAAAUUUCAGGGGUGAAUGAGUUUAAGUUUGUAUAAAGACAAUGGUAUAUGGAUGUGAAUGACUAGUUUGUGACAUGUCAGUACCGGUUUAUGUAUCCAGCCAUCCUAUUUGUGCUGAGGAAUUAUCAUAAUUUACUUAAGUGGUGACCUUUCACUGGUUGGUGACCUUUCAAUGGUUGGUGACCUUUCAAUGGUUGGUGACCUUUCAAUGGUUGGUGACCUUUCAAUGGUUGGUGACCUUUCACUGGUUGGUGACCUUUUAAUGAAGGAGAUUUCCUCAACAUUCUCUCGCUUUAAUACUUUGUAAAUUAUUUAUUUUCUUUCACUAUUAUAGUACCAAACGGUAUUUGAAAAUUGAUUCCACUUUCUACAAAUGAACAUUAGACAGAUUUCCAAAACUUUCAUUUGUACUUUCAACUGUGGUUUUAACUUAAAUUUCAGAUGUGUUACGAUAAAUUGACAAAAAUUUAAAUCAUUAUUAAAUUUUAAUGAAACUUUUGAAAAAUACAAAAAAUGAAAUACUAAAUGAUAUUUAAAUGAAUUUGAUUUUUAUCUCAACUGUUCAGAGUUUGAGCAUCAUUUUUCAUAUUUUUUUCUUACUGGAUUUUUUUUUGUUAGAAGAUGUUAUAAGUGCUGUGAUAUCUCACUCAAGUUCAUAUCUAAUGUCCGAGACAAACUAUUUCAGUAUUUGUCAAAACAGAUGGGAUCUGCAAUUUUUACCGCUUUUAUUUUGUAAUUUAAUCAUUUGUGCCAGUGAGGAACAUUGACUUCUCAAUAUAAUUGUGUUCAAAGAAUCUGUUCACAUCAAAAUAUUUCCUAGCUAUACCUCACACUGUGUAUAUAGAUUUAUUAUAAUGUAGUCAAAAUAUAACAUUAGACAGUAUACUAUGCUAGUCCUUUUAUUUAUUAUUUUUAUGGAAGAACAUUUUUGUUUUCCUUGUGGAUAAUUUAAUUGUUCAGACAUCAAAGUUUUAAGUUUUUAUAACCGCUGUAUCCCAUUUUAAAAGACAACAUAGAUAUACUAAUAAUUUUGCAUCAUAGCAUCUCAGUGUUAUAAGGGAGGCCACUCUAAAAGGGGAGCUAACCCUUGCCUUUGGUGCUAGGCCAUUGUCACUCAUCCCAGAUUGAGUUUUGUGCCAGAGUUGUCUGGACACGCUGUCGGGCAUAGCUUUGAUAUUAUUGAUUAGUGAGAGCAUUACUACCAAUCAUUCUGUCCAGCUGGAUAAUGUAAUUAUCAUUGAUGAAUGUUGUAUUCAUCUGUCUAUCACCUUUUACAUGUGCUGGAGCAUUUUGUUUAAAAUCUGCAAUAAAAAAUAUAUAACACUA